AGGAGCGGCAGCAGCAAAGGUGCGAGGCGGGGGUGCUGCAGACAACACCAGCAGGAUAAGUGCAGGGCCAGCGCGGAGAGCCAGGACUCGCACGUACGCAUUCGCAGACGUUCACCGGGAGCCGACAUGAGCACGUACACGGUGACGCUGAACGGCCCGGCGCCGUGGGGCUUCCGGCUGCAGGGCGGGAAGGACUUCAACAUGCCCCUCACCGUCUCCAGGAUAACCCCCGGCAGCAAAGCGUCGGGCGGCAGCCUGGCGCAGGGCGACAUCAUCUCGGCCAUCGACGGCGUCGGCACCGACGGCCUGACGCACCUGGAGGCCCAGAACAAGAUCAAGCUGGCCACCGGCAGACUGGUGCUCAGCAUGCACAAGUCCAGACGUCCUGCGCCCGUCCCCACUGCCACCCCCAGGAUGGACUCCCCCAUGCCCGUCAUCCCCCACCAGAAGGUCAUCGCCAACACACCUGCAAACCUGGAGUACACCCCCAGCUUCAACCCCAUCGCCCUGAAAGACUCGGCCCUGUCCACCCACAAGCCCAUCGAGGUGCGGGGCCCCGGCGGCAAGGCCACCAUCGUGCACGCGCAGUACAACACGCCCAUCAGCAUGUACUCGCAGGACGCCAUCAUGGACGCCAUCGCCGGACAGUCGCAGGCUAAAGGUCACGAAGGUGAGGAGGCGGGAUCCCCCUUGGCCGGGGUGCUGCCCAUGAAGGACCCGGUGGUGGACUGCGCCUCGCCCGUGUACCAGGCGGUGAUCAGGCCCAGCGACAACUCCCUGGACCUGUCAGAGUGGGCUCGCCGCGCCGCCAACCUGCAGUCCAAGAGCUUCAGGAUGCUGGCCCACAUCACCGGAACCGAAUACAUGCAAGACCCAAAUGAAGAAGCUCUGCAGAAGUCGAGAGAAAAGUUUGAGUCGGAGAUGCGAGGCCCUCGCUUCGCCAAGCUGAGAAAAUGGCACCACGGAUUGUCUGCACAGAUCCUCAACGUCCAGGAGUAGACGAGAAGAAGAAAUCAGAGAGCAAGGAAGGAUGCAAGGAAGGAAGGAAGGAAGGAAGGAAGGAAGGGCACAUGGAGCAAUAUAAAAACACACGGGAAAUAAAUUAAUAAGCAAGAGGAAUGCGAGACAGUGUCGCUUAUAGACUAGUAGAAUGUGGAACUGUUAGUGUGAGAAUGCCUCAGUAUAUACUGUAAACAUACGUACUGUAUAUAUACUGUAUGUGUAUACAGUACGUAUGUGUUACGCAUUUGGUGUGUCUGCAGCUGAGUUCUGCGUAUUGUGUUUCCUCUGUGCUCCUGUUAAGUGUACAAAAAUGACACGCAUGCGUUCGGUCCUCGUUUACGAACGCGGGGAGUGGAAGUUGCCACACAAACACAUGCGUGCGCGCACACACACACACGCACACACGAGAUGUUUGGACAUGCACACAAAGACAGUAUGUAAAAAUGCACUCAAAAUAAACUGAUGUCAAUGUGAAUAAAUGUUUU